CAGGGAUCAAACGCGCCGCAUCCCCGGGUGUGUGUGUGUAUGCGCGCGCGCGCACGUGUGUCGGCAGAGGUAGCCUGCGCGGAGCUGAGGAACAAACAGCUUAGCUGAGAGGAAACAAGGCAGAAACAUGGCCGGUGGGAGCUCUCUGGAAGCCGUGAAGAAGAAAAUCAAGUCUCUGCAGGAGCAGGCCGAUGCGGCGGAGGACCGGGCGGCGUCGCUUCAGCGGGACCUGAACCAGGAGAGGAGUGCGAGGGAAGGAGCCGAGGGUGAUGUAGCCUCCCUGAACAGACGCAUCCAGCUGGUUGAGGAGGAGUUGGACCGGGCUCAGGAGCGUCUGGCUACAGCUCUGACCAAGCUGGAGGAGGCUGAGAAGGCUGCUGAUGAGAGCGAGAGAGGCAUGAAGGUCAUUGAGAACAGGGCCAUGAAGGAUGAGGAGAAGAUGGAGCUGCAGGAGAUCCAGCUGAAAGAGGCCAAACACAUCGCUGAAGAGGCAGACCGCAAAUAUGAGGAGGUGGCCCGGAAGCUGGUGAUCAUUGAGAGCGACUUGGAGCGUACGGAGGAGCGUGCUGAGCUGUCGGAGAGCAAAUGCUCUGAGCUGGAGGAGGAGCUCAAAACCGUCCAGAACAACCUGAAGUCCCUGGAGGCUCAGGCAGAGAAGUACUCCCAGAAGGAGGACAAAUACGAGGAGGAGAUCAAGGUUCUCACAGACAAGCUGAAGGAGGCUGAGACUCGUGCCGAGUUUGCUGAGAGAUCCGUGGCCAAGCUGGAGAAGACCAUCGAUGACUUGGAGGACCAUCUUUACAAGCAGCUUGAGAAAAACCGUCUUCUGACCAACGAGCUGAGAGUAGCCUUAAACGAGGCGUAAACGGGAACGUGCGCUUUACGCGUUCUGACUCCGAACCCCAGGCACGUUGACAAACGCUGUCAUUAAACAGCAGGCGUCUGGUACAUGCUGCACUCUAUAGAAUGGAUUUUCAUCCACAUGUUUAUUCAGAUAAGCCUGAUGGAUUCUGUUCAGGUGGAAUGGGAACAAGGAAUCCCGCCCAUUUCUCUGUACUCCAGUUUAUGCCAAAAGUAAAGAAAUCAUUAGAAAAUAAACCAAAACUUGUGUUUAGCUCAGCUUGGAUAAAAAAUGGCCGCUGUUUUGUUUGUUCUGCAGGAUCGAUCUGCUCUGCCUUAUGACCUCUUAGUUUUCACAUAUAGCACGUUGGUGUUUAGGCCAAAUGUGUUAAUAACCUCUGAUUUUGGUCUUUUGGUGCUAAACUGCACUGAUCUGAGCAAGGCUAGCACCAAAACAGUUUAGUAAAUCUUCAUUUAGAACAAUAAAAAGAGUGAUGUAGCAUUGAGCGGCAUGUUGGGACUGGGAGGUCUCUGGACUCUAGUUGAUUCACUUUCUUUUGGGGUUAUUGUAAGCUGCUAAAGCAAAUCUGAAAACAAGCUAGGUUUAAAACGCAACGGCGGUCACGGAACACUCACCGCUCCCCUCGGGUAUCUUCACUGGUUCUGCGUUCACCGAAAACCCACGAUGCCAGAGGAAACAACGUGGCGUUAAACACCAGUCGCCAUUUUCUAGGUCCAAACGUUGUUGUCCGCCACGUCAAACUGUGUUUUUCUUUUUGGGACUCCGAUAGUUUGUCCCAGAGGUGAAGUGGUAGCAGCCGGCUGUUUCUCCUUCUCUGAUGUUGGUUGAGCGGAGAACCUCUCACACCAGAGGUGUUCUCGUGAUGAACACAUGAGUGUGUGGUGAGUGGAGGACCCAGGGAGGGCCAAUAGUUCGGCCAGACUGACAACCGAAUGGUCCAAUGCUCUUGGUACGAGCCGUUAUUGGUGGAAGUUUCAGGACUAAUCCGAGAGAACCACAAAAUUUUUCUCACAUUUAAAAAACAUCUCUUGUAGAUAUUUAUAGCUGCGCUUUGUUAGGUUAUUAAAAUGUUGUUGGCUAACGUGUUUUCCCCAAUUUGCUAUAGCAGCUUUAAUCAAAGACUCAAGCCACGUGCACACGUAGCCGGGGUUUUGUAAAACCAAACGUCCUCCCGCACCCGUCUAGGAAAAAAACUAUUUUGAUUUCUGCAGAAAUAUUUAUCUAGUGCAUCAUUGACGACUUGAUUAUUAUUAUUCUGAGCUACUACAGCAAUCCAUUUCCCUCUGGGAUUAAUAAAGUGUUUUUGAAUUGAAUUUGAAUCAUGAGGCUCAUUCAUAGGCAUGCCAAGCCUGUGGGUGGCUGCAGUUACUCAAAGCUUUGGCGUCUUUGCCAAAAACACAUCGGCCUGGCGAGCCGUACUAUUACUAUGAAAAUUGGUCAACGUCUGCCACACACCGUCAAAGAAAAUGCAAAUAUGCCUUUAUUUAUUUAUUUAUUCAUUUAUUUUUAAAUGAAAGGACUUCAAGUUGAGUCCAGUUAGUCAUCACUCACUGGUGAAAUGACAUCUAUGCAUUAGACCCAUCCCUGUGGAGAGAGGCGAGCUGCAGCAGCGGCUGCGCUUGGGAACUAACUUGGGUUUAACGUCCAAAUCCAACCCCUUAAAGCUGAGAGUCAAGCAGCUUUUAAGGUCUUUGUUACGACUCGACCGGGAUUCGAACCCUGUUCUCCUAGUCCCAGGGCGGAGACUUGCACCGCUAGGCCACUGAGAAGGACUUGAGUGUGUGUGUAUGUAUUUAUAUUUGUGUCCACAGGCAAACGCUGACAAUGGAGAGUUAAAAAAUCUCCACUUUGGUCAGAGUUUUUGAAAGGAUGGUCGUUGGUGCCGCGUGUCUUCGCUUUCGUGUGAAUGACUAAAUCUAAACAAUCUUAGUUUUAUUGGACACCUGGCUACGUGUGUGCAGGGUACAAGUAAAGCAAAAGCAUUUACGUAAAGAUAAACCCAGAUUUUAAUUACAUUUGGAACAUGCAAACAGGCUGUUGGAGAACAAGGCCAACUUAAGACGACACUAAAAAAGCCUAAGAAAACCUCAAUUACGAGACUCGAUUUGGGUUUUUGGUGUUUGGGAGGAAAACGAACCUCAGAGGGACGGAGUUCAUUAAACCCAAGAGUGAGUUGGCACGGGUGUCACUCAUCGUGGACCAUGUUUAACUGAUGUGUUGCUGUGU